AUGGGCAUAAUCACUGGGGUCUGUACCUUCUUGUACCACUUACCUCAGAUUUACAAAUGGCUGCUGAAGCCGUAUUAUAUCACCUCGUUCUUCAUGACCGUCGCCUUCCUGGUGGUCCGGAAGGCUCCCGGGCUGUGCGAGCACCUGGCGACCCAGAGGGAGGACGGCAACUCCUGCGACUUUGACUGGAGAGAAGUGGAGAUUCUCAUGUUUCUCAGCGCAAUAGUGAUGAUGAAGAACAGAAGAGCCAUAACACUGGAGCAGCACAUAGGUAACCUGUUCCUGUUCAGUAAAGUGGCCAACGUCAUUCUCUUCUUCAGGCUGGACAUUCGGCUCGGCAUCCUCUACCUCGCAUUGUGUCUCGCUUUUGUCAUGACCUGUAAGCCACCUCUCUACAUGGGCCCGGAGUACAUUAAAUACUUCAGUGACAAGACCAUCGAUGAGGAGCUGCAGAGUGACAGUCGUGUCACCUGGAUCGUCGAAUUCUACGCCAACUGGUCCUCUGACUGCCAGUCGUUUGCUCCCAUCUUCGCUGAUCUUUCUCUCAAAUACAACUGUGCUGGGUUGCGGUUUGGGAAGGUGGACAUUGGCCGCUAUGGAGAGGUUUCACAGAGGUACAGGGUUAGUACAUCUCCUCUGGCUAAGCAGCUGCCCACACUGGUGCUUUUUCAAGGAGGACGGGAAAUUAUGAGACGUCCAAUGGUGGACAAUAAAGGGAGAGCUGUGUCUUGGACCUUCAAUGAGGAGAACAUCAUUCGAGAGUUCAACCUCAACGAGCUCUUCCAAAAGUCCAAGAAGCUGAGCAAAACUCGUGGUUCAAAGGGAGAGGAGCAGAAUGGCUUCCAGCCAGAAGAUGGCAGCGACGAGCUCCAACCUGAAACCAACGACAUGGAGCCCACAGAGAGUAAGAAAGACCAGUGAGGAGGCUGACUGAGAGAGAGGCAGCAUGAAGUCUUUCCCUUUCUUCCAUCAUUUCCAUGCCUUACAUUAGUGUGAAAGUAAAGAUUAUGGAAUGAAGAAAACAGGUGCAACCACUGCUAGAUAUUGUCUCCAAACUCCUUCAAGUCUUACUGUGACAAAUAACAACCCCAAAAAGCUGGACCACGUUUACAUGGUCUGACUGGGAUUGAAUGCAGUCAUGCAUUUAUAUCAAUUAAUAAUUUGGGGACAUUUUAUUACAGAUUUAAAUUUAUUUGAGAACUACUACAUUUUUUUGUGUUUUUUUUUUGCCACUUUCAGCACCGUCUCUUCAGUGUGUGUGAACUUUUGCUGCCUGUAUUUUGCAACUACUGUGUUUACUUUUGUGUCAUAUUUAAAACCAAAUAAAAAGGUGACAUGAAACUGAAAAUAAGA